AUGGGCAUGACACCAGCAUGCUCGCCUGAGGCAGAUGCCAGCUUCGGGCCGGCAGUGGCGGAAGCUUGUAGCGGCGGUCAAGACCUAACACUGCUGUUUGAGCAGACAAUUCUCACCCUCCUCCCGGCUGUCGUUUUCAUCUUCGCCUUUCCCGCCCGCUUCGCAUUCCUGUCUCGGAGAGAGCUUCGCUCGCGGACGAGCCGCCUUCGGUCGGGAGUCGCCUGCGCCUUGGCCUGCCUCGAGCUCGCACUCGUCAUCGCCUGGAGCCUCAAGCUCUCAGCAAAGACGACGGCCUCAAUCGCAUCGGCCGUCGUCAACCUCGUCGUCGCUCUGCAGAUCGCCGGUCUCUCGUGGAUGGAAGACGCUCGCUCCGUUCGACCAUCCACCUUACUGAGCCUGUAUCUGCUUCUCACCGUCCUGCUGGACUUGCCGCAAGCACGAACCCUUUGGCUGCGCCAGACGGAUCCUUUUUCGGCCCCCGUCUUCUCCGCCGUCGUGGCGACAAAGGUCUUGCUGCUGCUCCUCGAAAACGUCGAGCGUCGUCGAUACCUCCUCCCCGGCUUUCGUGCAUUGCCUCGCGAAUCCACCAGCGGUAUCGUCAACCGGAGUCUUCUCUGGUGGCUCAACGGCACGUUCCGACACGGAUUUCGCACCCUCCUCUCCUUCAAGGACCUUCAUUCUCUCGAUGGCCAACUUCUUUCGGCAGAGCUCGCCGAGCGAACCGGCCGAGCCUGGUCGACUCGAAGGCGCCCCGAGCGCCGUCUCGAGUUCCCCCUUGCCGUCUGUCGAGCUACUUGGCCGCACCUCGUCGCCAUCGUCUUCCCACGCUUCUGCCUCAUUGCCUUCACAUUUGCUCAACCAUUUCUAAUCCAGAGAAUUCUGCUUCUGAUAACGCGACCGGCCGGUGACCUGACCGAUCUCGCCUCGUACGCUUUGAUAGCCGCCACCUUUCUCGUUUACGUCGGUUUGGCGGUCCUGGGCCAGCAUUAUAACCAAAAGGUCAAUCGCUUCAAGACCAUUUUCCGCGGAGCCUCCGUCUCUCUCAUCUACUCCGAGGCCCUGCGUACCCAAGCUGGCGUCUACGACGACUCCGCUGCCGUCACGCUGAUGAGCACCGACGUCGAUCAGAUAACGGCAUGCCUGACUGAGCUCAAUGAGUGUUGGGCGCGCGCAAUCGAGGUCGCUCUUGGGCUCUACCUGCUCGCCCAACAGCUGGGUUAUGUCUGCGUCGUGCCCGUCAUCGUCGUAGUCGUCUCCUUCUUCGGAGUCAAACGAAUCGCCGCGGGUAUCGGAAACAGCCAAGGGGCUUGGGUUGAGGCCGUGCAGAAGAGGAUCGGACUCACCAGCUCCGUGCUUUUGAGCGUGACCAGCAUCAAGAUGAUGGGGUUAGCGUCGGUAUUAACCGAGGUGCUGCAAUCUGAACGGGUCAAAGAGACGAACAGGAUGUCCAAGUACCGCUGGCACAUUGUCUGGCAAAACGCCGUCCAGAACUUGCCAUGGGCUCUUGCCCCUGCGCUGACCUUUGUGCUUCUCGCUGUCAAGAUGGCGACCGCCGGCACCGCGGCCAUCGACACGGCCAAGGCUUUCACAAGUCUGUCCAUCAUCACCCUGCUCACAGAUCCAGCGGCGAAGCUUCUCAGUGCCAUUCCAGGGACGGCCGCCAGCAUCGGAUGCAUUGAUCGAGUGCAAAAUUUCUUAAUCGCAACGCCCAGGGACGACUACCGCGGGCGUAUUUCGUCCGGCCCCUCCUUAUCCAUCCCAGGACACUCUCCCAUAACCGAUCCGCGGAGGGAGAUUGGGCCUAACGUGGUCAUUGACUUCCAUUCCGUUUUCGCUCGCUCGCCAAACAUGACCACGUCGACUCUUCACGACAUGACUUUCUCGAUCCGCAAGGGCACAAUGACAACUAUCAUUGGCCCUGUCGCCUCGGGAAAAUCGACAGUGCUUCGAGCCAUACUGGGAGAGGUUAACCUGGAACGAGGUUCAGUCGCCGUCAUCGACUCACAGCUGGCGUUCUGUUCACAGUCACCUUGGUUGCCCAACACAACAAUUAAGCAAAUAAUCUGCUGCCCCUUUUCAGACGACCCUGACCUAGACGACAUAUUUUACGAUGAGAUCAUUCGAGCCUGCGCUCUGGAUAUCGAUCUCUCGCUUCUUCCCGACGGAGACCAAACACGGAUCGGGAGCGGGAGCACAGUCCUCAGCGGUGGACAAAAACAGCGCGUGGCUUUGGCCAGAGCCCUGUACUCCCGGGCACCCAUCCUUCUCCUGGAUGACAGCUUGAGCGCUCUUGAUAGGGUGACACAGAGGACGGUUAUCGAAUCCCUGUUCGGUCCCUCCGGCUUGUGCAAGAAGCUUGGCGCAACCGUCGUCCUCGCCACACACACCGUCGAGGCAUCAAUCUAUGCCGACAGGGUGAUUGCGCUCCUUGAUGGUCGCAUCCAGCAUGAGGGUACAUAUCAGCAAAUGGUCCGCAACGGAGUCAUUGACACGGUCACGGCGUUUACCACCGCUGAUUCCCUCGCUGAAGUCGUUGGUGACGGAGUUGUCGACAGAGUGAACCAUGAGUCUGCCAUCGCGGCAGAGGCCAACGAAGUAGAUGAUCUCACUCGGCAGGUCGGAGACUUUGCCGUGUACAAGUAUUACUUCAAGGCCAUCGGGUGGAAAAAGGCCCUUUGUUUCACAGCAUUUUCCGUCGUGCAUACGUUUGCGGCCACGUUUAGCCAUGUUUGGCUAAAAUGGUGGGUUGAUAGCCAAGGGACGCAAAUGAUCCUUUAUGCCACGAUAUACGUUUUGCUGGGAGUCAUCAAUGCAGCUGGCAUCGCUGGCUAUGCUUGGUCCAUGUUGAUUCAGAUCACCCCCUCCGUGGCCAGAAAGCUGCACUACGUUCUACUGUCAACUGUCAUGAGGGCUCAACCGUCCUUUUUUGCCACGACGGCCGCAGGCUCCAUCCUGAAUCGAUUCAGCCAGGACAUGUCACUCAUCGAGACACCGCUAGCAACCGGCGCGCUUGUCACAAUUACCAAUCUCCUGGGUGCCACCGCCGAGGCCGCCCUGAUUGCAACUGGCUCCCCUUACAUGGCUGCAACUAUUCCCAUCCUCAUCAUGGUAUUGUACGCAUUGCAAAAGGUGUACCUCCGCACUUCAAGGCAACUCCGGUUGUUGGACAUUGAGACUCGUGCCCCAUUGUGCUCCCAUUUUUUGGAAACUCUCGAAGGCUUGUCAACCAUCCGCGCCUUCGGCUGGGAGGAUGAAGGCAGGAGGCGGGCCCAAGAUCUGCUGGACGUCUCGCAAAGGCCAUACUACCUCUUGCUUUGUGCCCAGAGCUGGCUGAAUCUAGUUCUAGACUUGAUCGUGGCUGCAGAGGCCACCAUUGUCGUCGCGCUAGCCAUCGGCAUUCGCUCACAGACAAAUGCCGCGCUUCUGGGUGUGUCGCUAAACAAUAUUCUCUCGUUCAACAGCAGUCUGGCAUCUGUCAUUGGUGGCUGGACCUUGCUCGAAACCUCCCUCGGCUCAAUCGCCCGCCUGCGAAGCUUGGAGAGGGAUGUUAGAUCAGAGGACAAGAGUGCAGAGACCAAACAACCACCGGAUGGCUGGCCUUUGCUGGGUGCCAUUGAUAUUUCCGACAUGACUGCAUCUCACAGUCCGUCCGCCGUUGCCAUACGAAAUUUUGACCUGCACAUUAUGGCUGGCCAGAAGAUUGGCGUUGUUGGUCGCACUGGGAGUGGCAAAAGCUCCUUGAUUGCUACGCUAGUCAGACUGCUCGAAAUUAACUCUGGAAUCGUCACGAUCGACGGCCUUGAUCUGGCAACUCUCCCCCGCAACGUCGUCAGGGAGAGAUUGGUAGUCGUGCCGCAAGACGCCCCCGUGCUCGUUGGAACCUUACGCUUCAAUGUCGACCCGAAUCAGGCACACAACGAUGCGGCCAUCGUGCACUCCCUUGACCGUGUCGGUCUUUGGACCUACUUCCGCAACGAUGGUGGCCUCGAUUCGGAAAUGAGGCCAGGCUCCUUGUCACAUGGCCAGCGACAACUUCUUGCGCUCGCGCGUGCCAUGUUGAAGAAAGGCAAAGUUCUGUUGUUGGACGAGCCGACCAGCAGCGUGGACGCCGAUAUGGACGCUUUGAUGCAGCAGAUUAUUCGGGAGGAGUUCAAGGAAUGUACCGUCAUCACGGUGGCUCAUCGAAUUAACACAAUCUUCCCAGGUUCUGACAUGAUUAUCGUCAUGGACGAGGGUAGCAUAGUCGAGGCUGGCCCUCCGGAAGAGCUGUUGGCGAGGCAGGGAAGGUUUGCCCAGCUGAUCGAAUCUCGACCGAACCCAGGAAUGGCAGGAAAUGUUGGCUAG